GAAGAAUUUUAUACCAUUUCAUUUCACUGCACUGAAAUAGUUGGCAGCAGUUGAUUACUUUGACAAGUGCGUAUAAACUCACAGAAAAUAAUAAAAAUACAAACAUUGUUAGGAUUGUUUUGUCAUUUGACGUUUGUAAAGUAUGAGAUUUAAAACUUCUCUUUUAAAGGAACCUAAACAUUCAGAUCUUGUAGGUUGUGUUGGGUGGAGCAAUACUGAAGAAGUUUAUUCUUGUGGAGAUGACCAUGCUAUUUUGAAAUGGAACCUGGUAACAAAAGAAACUGUUCAAGUGGCCAACCUGCCAAAUGAAUUAUACCCUACAGAUCUACAUUGGUUUCCAAGAGGCCAGAUAGGUAAAAAACAAGGACAGGAUCUCCUUUUAGUGACGGCUGCUGAUGGGAAGUUUCAUCUCAUCAAUAAGAAUGGUAGAAUUGAGAAAAGUGUUGAUGCACACCAGGGAGCUGCUCUGACUGGGCGCUGGAGUUAUGAUGGUGCUGGGUUACUUACUGCUGGUGAAGAUGGCCAAGUUAAGAUCUGGUCUCGAAGUGGAAUGCUGCGCUCAACUAUUGUGCAGUCAGACACACCAAUUUACAGUGCUUCAUGGGGACCUGACUCCAGUCAAGUUCUAUACACUUAUGGGAAAAUGUUGGUUAUAAAACAUUUGACGCCAAACAGCAAACCAAAUAAGUGGAAGGCACAUGAUGGCCUCAUAUUGAAAGUUGCAUGGAACCGAAGUAAUGAUCUCAUCAUAUCUGGAGGCGAGGAUUGUCGAUACAGAGUGUGGGACAUCUAUGGCAGGCAGUUGUACUCCAGUCAGCCCCAUGAUUACCCAAUUACAUCAGUUUCCUGGGCACCAAGUGGAGACUUGUUUGCUGUUGGUUCCUACAACACAUUGAGACUUUGUGACAAGGCUGGGUGGUCACAUUCUCUGGAGAAACCCUACACUGGCAGUAUAUUCAAUAUUGCAUGGUCAAGUGAUGGAACCCAAGUUGCUGGGGCUUGUGGCAAUGGACAUGUAAUCUUUGCUCACAUCAUUGAACGGCGAUUGGAAUGGAGGAAUUAUGAGGUGAUAAUGACCAGUCGCAGGAGUAUCAGUGUACGGAAUGUAAGCAAUGAUGCCUGGGAGAAACUGGAGUUUCCUGAUCGUGUUAUUAAGGUGGCGUUGGGCUAUGGCCAUCUGGUGGUGGUCACUCCAUCACAGUGCCACAUAUACACUACAAAGAACUGGAACACUCCAGUCAUAUUUGACCUGCGUGAAGGUUCUGUCUGCAUGCUACUUCUGGCUGAGAGGCAUUUCUUGCUGAUGGAGAAGUCUAGCUUGAGUCUGUACAGUUAUGAGGGUCGCUUGCUGUGCUCUCCAAGGUGGCAAGGGAUGCAGCCAGAGAUCGUGAACCCAGCAUGUGUCAGUAUCAGCUCUGAUACCAUAGCAGUGAGAGACCAAACAGAUGAAAAGUUGGUGCAUUUGUUUGAACUGGGAACAGCACGGUCACUAGUUGAUGCCCCCCCUAUAAAACACAGAGGUGGUGUAGUUGAACUAGCCUUGAACCAAGCUGGGUCACCAGGCGAACGGCAGCUUGCUCUAGUCGACAGAAACAGAGACUUGUACCUUACCAACAUAAGAGGCUCUGCCACUAUGAAGAGACUGUGUAAAUUGGGGUCAAUGAUCCAGUCCCUGUGUUGGAACAGUGAUACAAACAUGUUAGCAGCAGUGCAAGACACCAACCUUAUUGUCUGGUACUAUCCAAAUGUACUGUAUGUGGAUAAACGUUUAGUGAAGAAAACUGUUAUCCAUAAAGAUGCCAGUGAAUUUGGUAAAAAUCCUGUGGUGGUAUCAUUUGAUGGAAAUCAUCUGGGUGUAAGACGUUUGGAUGGUUCUCUUGUGACCAGCAGUGUAUCACCAUUUCAUUCUGUUCUUCAUGGCUAUGCAACUUCCUCUCGGUGGGAUGAUGCACUGCGUCUCUGUAGGUUUAUCAAGGACUCCACCUUAUGGGCAUGUCUUGCAGCCAUGGCAACACAUGCAAAAGACAUGACUACUGCAGAGGAAGCUUAUGCGGCUAUUGACGAGACCGACAAAGUUACUUACAUACAACACAUUAAGGAAAUUCCGCAACAUGCAGCACAGUUAGCAGAGAUGGCGCUACUUGGUGGCAAUGUGCAAGAUGCAGAGAGCAUAUUACUACAGAAUGGACUGGUGUUUCGAUCCAUUAUCACUAAUUUGAAUUUACACAAUUGGAACAGAGCAUUGGAACUAGCCAUUAAGCACAAAACACAUGUAGACACAGUUCUCUUCUUUCGCAAAAAGUAUCUGGAUGCAUUUGACAAGCCAGAAACAAAUCAGAAAUUUUUACAGUUUAAAGAUGAGGUGGAACUAGAUGCAGAAAAAAUAGCACAUAAGAUACAAAUGGAAUAUCAAAGGGAGUUAUAAGAAGAUGAAGUUCCAGAAAGAUACAACACAAGUAAACAGCACAUUAUAAUGUAAUAUUAUAUACUGCACAUAAAAGACUACCAUUUUGCACUGUACACUGAAAAUCACUUUCUCAAAAAGAAAAAUAAAGAAAUAACACCAUAUAAACUAA